UGGCUACAGGAGAGGCUCAUAGACACCCAAGUGCUACCUGCCAGCUCCUGGGCUGCAACCAGAGGAAACCCCCUUAUCCCUCCCUCCUUGGCUGUAAGCUGCAAGUUGCAGCAAUGGGCUCCUGGGCUCCUGAGACUUUAAUCGGAUUGAUUCCUAGUGCCAGGGAGUCUGUGCUGAGAGGCUGAGACUUUGGCGUGUCAAAUGAUGUGUCUCUCCUUCCCCCUCCCCCUGUCAUUAGAAAUCCUUCUGCUGCUGCUGAUCCUAGGGCUUCAUAGGGACGUGCAACAGUUUAUUGUGGAGCAGACACAUGGACAUGGGGCAGGACACAUCUACGCAGGUGACCGUAGUGUUCUAGUGUCCUUCGCUUUUGUUCUUUGUUGUUCUGCAUGUAUGGUAGAAAGUUGUGUAGCCUGGAGGGGGCUUGGGAGGUGGGGACAGCUUUGUGUUUCCUAAACAGUAGCACUAUCACGUAGAUUUUUUGGGGGCUAACACAGUACUACGCUAUUGUCUUUUUUGGAUGUGCACUAGAGGAGGAGGAAGAGGAACUCCCAGCUGUGUCUGCUGGAUACAAUGUUGCAUUAUGGAAUCUCCCAUAUGAACUGCGAGUGUGUCUGCAGGACACUUACCCUUCUCAAGUGAUGCCAUGGCUGGAGUGACUUGCUCUGUUAAUCACUGACCUGUUGCAUGCAGAACUGCCUCCUAUAAAGAGGUCAUCCGUCCACUCGUUUGCUCUGCUGUGUGACCCCCACCGAGAUCGUUUCGGAUGCCUCUCCUGAGGGAUCAUUCUUACUAUCAUGGGCACCAAGCAGACCAAGGUCUGCCAGGCUUCCAGUGCUGGAGGGGAAAGCCCUCAGCAACACCCCCCCGGAUCCCGGAGGAGCACCCCUGCCAGGGAGAGAGGGGACUUCUGGUCUUUUGGGAUGAAGUCUGGGGAUAAAUUUGGAAAAAACGUAUCCUCGAAUCUACCCCCUUAUCACAGGAGGAUCAGGAUGAUCCAGGACAUGAUGCUGCUGGUUAAACAAGGGAGACAGGAGGAGGCCACUGAGCUGCUGCGACACCUGAGACAGGAUCUGGGCAUGGAGUCUACGUCAUUAGAUGAUGUUCUUUACCGAUAUGCAAGUUUCCGAAACUUGGUGGAUCCCAUUACUCAUGACUUGAUAAUCAGCUUGGCUAGAUAUGUGCACUGUCCAAAACAGGAGGGCGAUUCACUUGGGGCCAUGGAGAAAGUUUGCAGACAACUGACUUACCACCUCAGCCCUCACUCACAGUGGAAACGUCAAGGUAUCGUGAAGCGGAAGCCGCAGGCCUGCUUAAAAGCAAUUCUAUCUGCAAGACUUCAAGAUAACAGUUUAGAUCUUUCUGGCAUUCCCCUGACCAUGAAAGACCUGGAGCGUGUGAUGCUUUAUCUUCAGCACAACUCAGAAGAAGUGGAGAAUGUGGAACUUUGUUUUACUGAACUCACAGAUGACAUGUUCUUACUUAUUUUGCCUGUCCUCAGUGGCCUUCCACAUCUUACCACUCUGGCAGUCAAUGGAAACCGUUUGACGAAAUCCAUCCUGAGGGAAAUCACUGAAACUCUAAAGGACCCUAAAAAAUUCCCCAGCAUGACUUGGAUAGACCUUGGCAAUAACGUGGACAUCUUCUCUUUGCCGCAGGCUUUUUUAGUUAGCCUCAAGAAACGAUGCCCUAAACAGGGGAAUUUGCCAACUAUUUUAGAAUUUGGAGAGGGACAGUUAAGUGACCUAGAAAAUCAAGACGCAUCCACUGAGACUGAGGACGAACAGGUGGUUAGUGGCUUAGAAGAUAAGAGUGUGCAGCCACAAAGUUAACCAGAUGCUUCCUGAAGUAUGAGGACCUUAUAUAUGCACAUUCUUUACCAUACUAAGAAGAUGAGAUCUUAUAAAUGACGUCAGCAUGAGGAGCUGACUCUCUUCUGUCCAGUCUUCAAAUUAUGACUGUAUAUUUGAUGUUGACUAUUUUCCAAUGAAAUACAAUUUUCAUCAUUAUUGGUACGUUCUUUAGCCUAUCAGUCAGUGAUUUUGAGCUUCUACUUUGCAUUCAACAGUUUUAUAAAAAACCAAAGCAUGCUGUCAGAUUAUUCCGAUAAGUUAUCAAUCCAUGCUCUGAAGUACUGGUGUGAUCACGGUCAAACCUCAAUUUUGUCACAGAGUUGAUAAAAAUUCUCAAGGUGGCCAUACACCUUCAAUAGCCGUUUGUCGAAAGUUCAUUCAGCCAACAGUUACCUCUCCUGAUCUCCCCCAUAUCGAUCCUCCAUGUGUUCUCAAUAAGGAGAGGAGGAAUAAGCCACUGCCAGACAGCUCUGGCGGCAGCCUAUCUAUCUAAUAAAAAGGCUUGGGCAAUUAAAAUCCAACAUGCCCAACUCAUACACUUUGGUCAGAUGUCUACCAAACCUGCUGACUUUGGCAGCACCAGCUGAAUGUAUCAAGUGUAUGGGGGCUUCCCAACUCUCACCUUAGGAUGAUGUCGGGAAAGAGUUGGAAGGCCCCAUAUAGUCUGGUUGCACCAAAGUGAGUGGGUUUAGCUGGCAUUUGACUACAGUGUAUAGGGACCUUUAAGGUGGCCAUAUAUAUAUAUAUAUAUAUAUAUAUAUUGAAUAGCUGUUGGCUGAAUGCUUAUUUGGCUGACAGCUAUGUCUCUUGAUUCACUAUAUACACAUGCAUGCUCUUGUCUCAGCACGCAUUUGUUUUUGUUCUCUCUCCUUAAAAAAACAUCUUUCCAGGGAACAAAGAGAUCUUGUAGGGUUUGACCAACAAUCUGUGUAUGGAUAGCUUUAGGAAUGUUAUAUAACUACUUAUAUUUUUCCAAAAUUUUUGCCAAAUGUUAUUAUAUUGAAAUAUAAGUCUUCAGUUUUAAGAAUACUGGCAAAUGAAUGAUAUAUAUAGAGAUGCAGAACAAACUUCAUUUGUUAGUAAAGUUUUGAGGGUAUCUAAGAAAAAAA